AUGCCCUUGAAGAAGCGCCGGUUCCCAUCGCCGCCUUCGAAACCCCACGGCGACGUGGCGGCUCCCAGUCCCACCUCGGAUGCCGCCGCCGGCGGAGGCGUAGUUGAAGGAAGAGGAGGGCGCCCGCCGUUGCCGAGCAGGCGCGCCGCCAGGCCGAGGUUGACUAACCCGGACCCGGAGCCACAGGGCGGACUCGAAGACGAUUCGGACGCGGAGGAUGACGGCGGCGCGGACGACGGCGACAGUGAGUCCUCGCAGAGCGACAACGGCGGCACCGACGAGUUUAUGCUAGUGAAAUUAGCAGAUAUACGGAAGGAGGUUCAGUGCCUUAUCUGCCUAGGCAUUAUCCGGAAGACAAGGACAGUUAUGGAAUGUUUGCACCGGUUCUGUAGAGACUGCAUUGACAAAUCUAUGCGACUAGGAAAUAACGAAUGCCCAGCAUGUCGCACUCAUUGUGCAAGCAGACGUUCUUUGAGGGACGAUCCUAAGUAUGAUGCACUGAUUGCAGCCUUGUAUCCAGAUAUUGAUAAGUAUGAGGAAGAGGAAUUUGCUUUCAGUGAGCAGGAGAGGGUUCGGAAUAAAAAGAUACAAGAAGCCAUCGAGGAAACAUUCCGAAGACAGUCCGAUGCAAUUGGUAAGAAACGUUCCAUGCCAAAAGCAACUGCAACUGCCUUUGCAAGGAAGUACAGGAGAACCCGGGGGAGAGUUAGAACCAUUACCCCUGAUAUUGCCCCUACUGGCUCUGCUGAGGAGGAUAGAGAAGAAGAAAAUUCCAAAGAGACCACCAGAGAGCAAUCUUCUACUGAUGACCAUUCUCCAGAUUUAAGACAGAAAAGAUGCAGAAAGAGGUCUGGACCACAAGGAUCGCCUGCUGGAACCAUUGGCAGUAUCGACCACAGCUUUGAGAAGAAUGAUGAAUUAAUUGGUGGAAAAGAAAUUUUAGCCACCUCUCCGUUGCGGGGAGAGAUGCUUGCAUGGGGGAAAAAUGGUACACGGAGCCAAAAUCGACACGGCAGUGUUGGUUCAAAUGGCAGGAGUGGAAGGAGUGGACGCAUUGCAAAAUUGGUGGAUCACCUCCGUACUGCUGAUGAAAUGGACAAAGAGUUCCAGCUGUAUGUUGUUCUCCUUCCUGUCGACGGACAAACCAUACCUAACUUGGAAAAGCCUUAUCUAAGUUGUCGACCAACCUUGUCCAUUCAACAUCUUGUACAGUUCGUUGCUCUUCAAUUGUCUUGGAAAGUCGGAGAAGUAGAGAUGUACAUAAGGAUGGACUGCCACCGCGUAAGUGUUGGCUCGAAGCCUUCCAGUACAGGUGAGGCAAAACCACGUCCAUUUGAUGGCUUGGAAAGACUGAGGGAAGAUAAACUUCUUUCGGAGCUUCAUCCUUCAUUUGCCUCUAGCAACGGUAACAUGUUCGCUCUUGUCUUUAAUGCCAGGAGUUGCGAUAUGCUUUGA